AUGGACGGUGCCAGCCUCGACCGUCCCGCAAAGCGGCCACGCCUCGCAGGUCAUGCCGACAAGUCAAUGAAACGCCGUGUCUCUCUUAACCCCGUCGUUAGUGUCAGCAGGGAGGAAAUGCGCUUCCGCUACCGCAACGGCAAGCAAGUGUCGUCCUUCAGAAUGUCGUAUGGCAGAACGGUCGAAUUCGGGUCCGAUUCGCUGGCUGCCAAAGCGUUCGACUUAUGGUCUCUGUCUGGCGCGGACUCGACAGAUUUUCCACUUACUGGUACACCGAUCCAAGCCUUGCUUUAUGGGAGUGAGAGGAAGCCGCGCCGCCUGGAUGGUCUCCCUCUCGACCCCUAUCUUUCGCCCCUCAACACAACCGAAGAGAAGCUCUUUCGGCAAAUCGAACGUCAUCAUCGAGGUCUCCGCGUCUCCGACAUCCGUCCCAUGCCAGCUAGCCCGGAGAAUCGCGAUGCCCACUACACAGUCAUGCUCGAAGUACACACCACUGUGACUCAUGAGGGCGUUCAGCAGGGGCCGUUCGACUUCACGGUGUUCUACAGUGCAGACAUGUUUCUGAAGGCCGCCAAUAUCCCCGAAGCGCGCCUCAUCAGCUUGAGUUAUGACCGCUCUCGUCUGCCACCGAAUGGUGCUGCCGGACGUCUUAAGGUGAACAUCACGUUCAGUCUGGAGGGGUCGUAUGCCAAGGUCUGUGGCGAGCUCGACAUCACAGAUUCUCUGCCAGGCCUUGGGGAUAAUCUGAAGAAAGAGGAUAUUCGCAGCGUCAAAGCCGCGACUCUCCACGGUAAAGACAUCUCCGAGACGCCUCUCGAUGAACUCCUUCGAGCCGACAAUGUCCGCAAGAACAUGCUGCUGACCGUGGUCUCGAGACCUCCGCAAGAUAUUCCAGACUCAACCAUAAGCCAUGGGACGGGGAUUACAGGAUCCCGGUUCAUGGAUCUUCCCGGGGAGUUGCGAAAUCCGAUUUACGAAGCCAUCCGCGCGAACGAUGAAGCGUAUCUGAGGGACCGCCAGGUGCGAAAGGUCAAUGAUGCCCUCACUGCCGAUGAGCUACAGAGACCGAUCUCAGAAUUUCUGUGCGGAGCUCAGAUGCUUCGCGUCAACCAUCGCACCUACAAUGAAGCCCUCGAUUAUCUGUACCCUUGCACAACGUUGACGAUCGUCGCCGGUCACGAAGAAAUCAGCAAUUAUCACUCUAGCGACUUUUCAUCUGGCAAGCCAGCCUUCUUCAAAGGUGCUCUGGGUCGCACUCUACUCCACCUGGACAGUCUAAGUCGAAAAGCUUUCGAGUGCGUCAAGGUAAUCGAGCUCACGCUUCACGACCCAUUCAGUGAGCAGGUCCAUCCCGCGAGAGCACUGCCACCCUUUGAAAAUGCCUGUCUCGAGGGGCUCCUCGAACGUCUGGCAGCGCGAAAGACGCCUCUAGAGGAGUUCAAGCUUCAGGUCAGAAGCAGGAAGAGAUUGUUUGCCCACACCGGUGGUGCAGAAUCCAUACCCACUGCGCGGCUACUGAAGGAGGUGAAGACCAAGAAGCUGACGAUCGUCGCUUACGGUGGAAACACUCAUGUUUCAAAGCCGACUGCGAGGUGGUUGGAGAAAGGUAUGGUAGUGAAGGUGCCAGCGGCACGAAGUAGCAUGCCUAGUACCACACGGAUCGAUCGGGAGGCGGAUUUCGAGAAGGAACCAUACUCUUCUGUAUUGUAA